AUGGCUGACAGGAGUGGCGGUGUGUCCACGCCUGUGGGGAAGGACAAAAGGCUACCGUCAGAAGCGUUCGACCCAGUCGCUCCAUUCGUGGACCCAUUCACGGUGCCGCCUGCCUCGGCAGAUCGAUUCACUCCGCGUCGACAUGCGCCCAUCCCACCUGGCAAAGCACGACCGCCACAACCUCCUAGCCCCACCAAGACCAAUUAUUCCGUCAGCUCUUCGCCUAUGUACUCUACGCCGCCCCCGCUAAUGCCUGGAUAUAUGCCACCAAGUACAUACAAGCCGGCGUACACGCACGGCGCUGAGCCUGUGCCGCCCUUGUGGCCCAAAUGGGGUGGGCAUAUGCGCUCACAUAGUGUGGACACGAAUUGGGUGCCUCCGUCGAACGAGGUGGAUAGGCAGCGCCAGCAACUGGAAAAUGCUCGACAAGAGGCUUGGAAGCAGCAUACACUGUCCAAAUCCAAGUCGAACCGGUCGCUGGUGAGCUCAGGCUCACGACGAACUUCGAUGGAAGCUGGUGUACGAACCAAUGAGGGAGGAAGCGGAACUCCGCGGUCCAUCAAGAGCAUGAUUGAUGGGUUUGUCAAUUCCAUGAGUGAUGCUUUCGUGUCACCAUCCCCGAAGCGGCCUGAUAUCUCGACCCCUUACGAUCCCCGACAUUUGACCCACGUUGGAUUUAAUGCAACCACGGGUCAGUUUUUUGGCUUGCCCAAGGAAUGGCAGAUUCUGCUACAGCAAUCGGGUAUUACCCUCCAGGAGCAGGAAAGAAACCCACAGACUGUGAUGGACAUUGUGGCCUUUUACCAAGACACGGCACAGGACCGGCCACCCGGCGACGAGAACGAUACUGUCUGGUCCAAGUUCGGUGCGAAUAUGGAUGAUUCGCAGGACAGCGGCGAAUGGCUCUCCGAGGCCUAUGGCAUUGAAGUGGGCACGACCGGUCCGUACUUGCAGUCACAAUCGCCCCAAGCCACGUCCAAGCGCCCGUUGCCAGCGCCGCCGGCGCAGCCACCGACAUUCAAGCCACCCGAACUGCUGCAGGCGAACAAAGGCACGCCGACCAAGCCGCACGUGGAAGGCGUCACGUCUCAGCCGUACACGUCGAAUCCAUACCCUGGCAAGGCUGAGCUGCUGGUGCGAACGCAUUCGAAAAAGGCACUCCAGUCUGCCUCCGGCAAAGACAUGGACCUGCGGCCGCCCCUGGGCGGCGCAGUCAUUCCGCGGCGCCGCACGACGCGCAGCAAGGCAUCGGAUGCUGAAGUCCUCGCGCGGAUCCGUGCCGUGUGUAUGCCUGGCGAUCCCGAGUCCAUGUUCCAUGAUCUGCACAAGAUUGGGCAAGGUGCCUCUGGCGGUGUAUUUACGGCGCGCUCGGUCGGCACAAACCAGCUCGUCGCCAUUAAGCAGAUGGUGCUGGCACAGCAGCCGAAAAAGGACUUGAUCGUCAAUGAGAUUGAGGUCAUGUGUCAGUCGCAGCAUCCGAAUAUUGUCAAUUUCCUGAAUGCAUUUUUGCGGCGAGGUGAGCUGUGGGUGGUGAUGGAGUACAUGGAGGGUGGUCCACUGACAGAUAUUGUGCUGCACAGCAUCUUGAGUGAGGGGCAGAUUGCUGCGAUCGCGCGCGAAUGCCUGACGGGUCUGUGUCACUUGCAUGCCCACGGCGUGAUUCAUCGCGACAUCAAGAGCGAUAAUGUGCUGAUGAGUAUGCGUGGCGAAGUCAAGCUCACAGACUUUGGUUUCUGUGCGCAGUUGAGCUCUGCCCAGUCCAAGCGCGUCACGAUGGUCGGCACGCCGUACUGGAUGGCACCUGAGGUCGUAUCUCGCAAAGAGUACGGUGCGCGCGUCGAUAUUUGGAGUCUGGGUAUUUUGUGCAUCGAAAUGAUUGAAGGAGAGCCACCGUAUCUGAAUGAGAACCCGCUGCGUGCACUUUAUCUCAUUGCGACGAACGGCACGCCGAAGCUGCAGCACCCAGAGAAACUGUCGCCGAGCAUCCGAGACUUUCUGGCAACGUGCCUCGAGGUGGACGUCGAGAAGCGGCCAGAUGCAGAUACACUUUUGGAACACCCCUUUCUUGAGGAAGCCGACGACCUACGAACGCUCAUUCCGUACAUACAAGCUGCGCACAAACUGCGCCAGGACAAAGCCUCUUCUUAG